GCAGUUCUGAAUUGCAGAAGAAUAGGACAGGAAAAGAAAGAAAAGUAAUGUUUAUCUAAAUGAUUGGAUCAUGGAAGGUCAGUUGCAAAGACAUUGUUUCCGCCUCCCAGAGAAAACAGCCUUGCAGACCUGUGAUAUGGAUACAGAGAGCUCACCUCUCUGUUAAUUGAGUUCACAGCAGGUAGCUUUCCCUCAGUGGACUUCUCACUCAAGAGGGAACAAAGACCAUCCUCUUCCUCGGCAGGUCUGACUGACAAGAAGGAGGAUGUGAGGGGAUUGCUGGAGUCGAGGAUGAAGAUGUCGGUGGUAGAGCAGGAGGGCACAACUCCACAUCUGAACAGAAUGAAAACAACCCAGUUUACAUGCAGGGUCAGGAAGCUGGAAGAAAAUCUUGAAAAACAGCAAAACACUAAAGGUAUAUCUUUUGUCCCCAGCAGUGACACUCUGACUCCUACGUAAACAGCACUUGAAAAGAUUUCAAGAGAUUGGGACCAUCAGUGAUCUGCUUCUGUAAGCACGCGUGGGACAGCCAGACGGGGCAGGUGGGGCGGUUCCACCUGCCGAAUGAACGCCGUCAGUAUUGGGGAGUACCAUGGGCUACGGGUGGGCUCAGCCCUGCUCAGUAUCGUAGCAGGUUGUAUCAUCAUUGGCGUGUCAAAGGACUGUGAUGCAGAUGCGGUAGGGGGGAUUUUCCUCGGGGCAGGGGGGCUUGGUCUCCUCAUUGCCGUCUACCCUUUCAUAAGAGCAUGGUUCAACUUUCAUCACAUACUGCCCAAUAUAGGCAACUUCAGAGUGCACCCAAUGGCUACAAAUUCAAAUCCAGUCCCUGAACAGCCUGCGGCUUCACUCACACGAGAGGGGACUCAAAACCAGCUUAAUGUAGAACGAUCAAAGAGCCGGAUGGGGACAUUUGUGGAGACAGCAGCUUCUACAGCAGCCGAGAGCUUACAGGAUGAUGGGCCUUCUGCAGAUGUUCCAGAUAUCUUGGGCAGGCGCAAGUUUAAGGUGCCAUCUGAUCAAGACCCUUCAUAAUGGCUUCAUAAAAAAAUAACGAGCAAAAAAUGAGAGAUCGCCUGAAUUCUUAAAGUGAUAGAUCUCCAAAGAAAUGAAACCACCGUCAUCAUUUUCUCACCCUCAUGUCGUUCCAAAGCUGUAUGACUUUGUUUUUUCAGUGGAACAUUAAAAAAAUAUUUUGAAGAAUGUUUCAUCUGGGUUUGUGCAUACAAUGAAAGUCAAUGGGUUUUAAGCAUGAAAUGGAUCAAGAGGCAUCUUUGCCAUCUUGCCGGUCUUUGCCAUCCUUGUUAGCGUGCCCCAUUUCCCAUCCCCAAAAUGCCGGUUUGAAUCCAACUCGGAAUGGGUCGAGUAGGACCAGUUAAAUUUGGUGCCAUGACCCAGAUGGUAGUCAGGUUUAAAGGGGUAAAUGUAACAGAAGAAAGCAAGAGCUGUGUGAUUAAACCUCACUCCCCUGGUCUCAAGAGCCGCACUAGCGACUGACACUUAAGGCUGAGGUCUUUUGCGUCCUUGUUAGCACACCUGCCUCCCAUGCCAGAGAUGUCAAUUCGAAUCCCGCUUAGAGCAGGAAAAGUAGGACUGGUUACAAGAACAUCAUCUGUCAUCAUUUAUUGACCCCCAUUACAUUCCAAAACAUGUAUUACUUUCUUUUCUCAACAGAACACAGAACAAUAGUUUAAAGAACAAUGGAAACCAAAAAACAAGAUUGAACCCACUGACUUGCAUGGAACAAAGAGCGCUGAAACACUUCUCAAAAUAUCUUCUUUUGUGUUCCACAGAAAAAUGACUCUCAUACAAGGUUGGACCCACAUGAUGAGUGGAUGACUGAAGAUUGAAUAUUUGUAUUAGUUUUGAAUUGAGUUCUGAAUUCCUCAUUGCACACAUGCAUCUCAGAGACAAUUGUUUUGAUGUACAUGCAUUUUUUUUUCAGCGUUCGCUCAACUGAAAAACAUCUGUAAAAUGUUUACUGUCACGUUAAAUAGACAUUUAAAAAGCGUCUUUAAGAUGUUAAUGACUAUAAAACUUUUUAAAAGAUCAGAUAUUUGACAUUUACAUUUAUUCAUUUUGCAGAUGCUUUUAUCCAAAUGAGGAAAACAAAAAGUGAUUCAUCUUAAGGAGGCAACGACAAGAAAAGUGAUAUAGCAAUACAAAGUUUGAAACAUCAUUUCAUCUAGAACAGAAAAAGCUAGAAAGGAAUUCGUUUUUUUAAGAGUCAGUAUGGAUGCAGUUAAGUGCUCACUUAACAGACAUCUUGAAGAUGUAUGUGUGCUAUUUGGGAUUGGACAAACCGAAAUGCUUUUUUGCUGGAGACUCAAUGAAUAAAAUGUAGAAACUCAA